AUGACUGUUUUAUGGACUGAAAAGUAUCGACCUCAAAAUAUUUCGACAUUUGAAUCACUCCCACACAUCAAAAACUUCUUAAAUAUGUCUUCUCCAAAUGACUUUCCAAAUUUACUGUUAUAUGGACCACCUGGUACGGGAAAAACAACAUUUGCUCAUCUUUUGGCCUCAACUAAUAAAUUAGAACUCAAUGCGAGUGACGAACGAGGUAUAAAUGUAAUUAGAGAUAAAAUAAAAUCAUAUUCUCAAACUCUAAAAAAAAACAAAACUAUUAUUUUAGAUGAAUGCGAAAAUUUAACAGAGGAUGCGCAACAUUGUCUUAGACGUAUUAUCGAAGAUAGUGUUAAUACAAGGUUUAUUUUUACUACUAAUUACCUUUCAAAGGUAAUUUCGCCCUUAAAAAGCAGAUUAGUUAAAUUGAAAUUUGAAAUACGAUUUAGUAACACGCUAAAUAAAAUAGGUAAGGCUGAAAAUCUCACUUACGAUGAAGAUUUCUACAAAAAAUUGUUUUAUAAGUGCAACUGUGAUCUAAGAAGAUCUAUUAAUGUACUACAAGCACUCGCGCCUUUGCAAAGCAUAAAUAAUAAUACUAAGAAUGAUUUAAUAGACGACAUUAUAGGAAUUAUACCAGAAGAAAUUUUUAUAAAAUUUAAAAGCAUUACAAAAAAUAGCUACAAUUCAUUUAUAAAUGACUUUUUAUUUGAAGGAUAUUCAGUUAUUCAGUUUAUACACCAAUUAAGCGAUUUUGAAAUUUUUAGUAAAGAGAUAUUAAAAGCCAAAUUCAAUUUAUUGUUGUGCGAAAUUGAAGAAAAACUUAUUGUUGGGUGUUCUGAUGAAAUUACAUUAACCAAGGUGUGUUUAUACAAGAUAUCAUUAGAAUAA